UGUUGUUGAAAAGUGGACGCUGCAGGUGAUGUCACACAGUAAAAGAGCUGUAAAAUGUGAUUUUGAAACCUAAAAUUUUUCUUUUUCGCCUACUACCAGUUGACUGUCAGGACUUUGAUUUUAUUCAGAUUUCAUUCCAUGCUGUUUGAUAUGUAGAGAGCUUAUUUUGGACUCGAUGCUCCUCGAUGGUGGAACCUGCAACAAGAGAGUUCGAUAUGUUCCUGUCCAACGGAGAGGCGGUGGACGACGUCAUGCCGUUAACGGUACCGGAGGAGGAGGAGGGUGGAGGAGGCUCCCGCAGCGAGAGCAUCCGUGAGGGACGUGACCCUGUCCCUCAGACUCAGCGCAGUAAACUGCAGCACAGACGAGCUCGUAUUAACCAACAGAUUAACAAAGAGAUGCGAAUGAGAACCGGAGCAGAGAACCUGUUCAGGGCCACGACCAAUAACAAAGUGAAGGAAACAGUGGCUCUGGAGCUCAGCUUCGUCAACUCCAACCUGCAGCUGCUGAAAGAGGAGCUGGAGGAGCUCAGCAGCAGCAUGGAGGUGUACCAGACAGACGGUGACUCUGUCAACGUUCCCAUGAUCCCACUCGGCUUAAAAGAAACCAAAGAGGUGGAUUUCAGUCCUUCUAUCAAGAACUUCAUCCAUGAGCACUACGGAGAGGAUGGAUCGCUGUACGACGUCGAGAUCAGACAGCUCGUGGAUCUCAGACAGGCCAUGCGUACCCCUAGCCAUAACCAGGCCGGCCUGCAGCUGCUGAUGGAGUACUACAAUCAGCUCUACUACCUGGACCAGCGCUUCUUCCCCCCACACAGGAACCUUGGCGUGCAUUUCCACUGGUACGAUUCUCUGACAGGCGUCCCGUCAAGUCAGCGGGCACUAGCUUUUGAGAAGGGAAGUGUGCUCUUCAAUAUUGGUGCCCUCUACACUCAGAUCGGAGCGCGGCAAGUCCGCUCUUCAACAGCCGGCAUAGACCAAGCCAUCGAUGCCUUUCAGAGAGCUGCAGGUGCGUUUAAUUACCUUAAAGAGAAUUUCUCCAACGCGCCGAGUCUGGACAUGAGCGUGCCGUCACUUUGCAUGCUGGUCCACCUGAUGGUCGCCCAGGUGCAGGAGUGUGUGUUUGAGCGCCUCACACUCACCGCAGCAGACACACACUUCACUUCCCAGCUCAGCCUGGCACAGGAGGCAGCACGGGUGUCAGAUAUGUUUUCACUGGUACACCAGACGAUGUCACAGCCACUGAUGAAGGACUAUGUGCCAUUUUCCUGGGCAUCCAUGGUGCAGGUCAAAUGUGAGCACUUCCGUGCUUUGUCACAUUACUACGCGGCCAUCGCUCUCUGUGAACACACCUUGUCUGGUGAGGGUGAGGAGGAAGAAGAGAAAGCCAUUCUUCAUUUUCACGUCAGUUCACCUGCAGGGCCACCGCUCUGCCAGGUUCUUGGAGAUCCAGAAAAAAGGCGAAAGCUUGGUAAAGCUCACCUGCGUCGUGCCGUAAUCCGACACGAGGAGGCCAUGCGUGUCCACAGAUUGUGUAAGAUCCUGAGGAAGAUGGACAUUCUGCAGGACGUGUUGUCACUCGCUCACAAAUGCUCCCUGGACAAAUACUCCGAGCUGGACCGAGAAGACGACUUUGAUGAAACAGCAGAUGCUCCAGAGAUACAGUCUAAAACAUGUCAGAAACCAGACAUCACUCCACCCAACUUCUCUGCUGUCCAAGUGAAGGAUAUCUUCCAGCAACUGGGGCCCCUGGCAGUAUUUAGUGCACGGGCACGUUGGGGCGCGGUGCGUGCGAUCUGUCUGCAGAGGAGGGAGGGCGGACUGGGCUUGACACUCAGAGGAGACUUUCCGGUGCUGGUGGCUGGAGUGGUUCCCGGAGGCUGUGCUGCGGAGGCGGGGCUGAGGGAGGGGGACUACAUCGUGUCUGUGGACGGGCAGGACUGUAAGUGGGCCAAACACAGCGAGGUGGUGCACAUGCUGAAGAGCUGCAGUGACAGAGGGGCGGAGCUCAGUGUCGUCACGUUACACUCACAUGACACACAGCAGGCGGAGAGGCAGGUGGUCACGCCGUCCUUCAGCAGCGACAAAGAAAACAGUGGACAGUGUCUGCUGGGUGGAGCCAAGGGAUGGAGCUCCUCCCUGCUGAACUGGAACCGGAAUAAGAGAGUGAGCAGCAGCGUCACCAAGAGAGCAGGAAGCACUUUCAGUUUGUCAUUUGGAAGCAAUCAAAUAAUUGACCAUUAACCAAACAAUCAUGGGUUCAGUCCCCAAUUGUCCUUGGGCAAAACAUUGAAACCCUAAACUGUUCAACCUUAUGGCACAUUUCCACAUCAGUGUGGGAAAAAAAAAACCUAAUGAAUGAAGACGACGGGCGAAAACUAAACCCAACACUUUAACUUCACUUGAUGCUGUGUCCUCACAAUAGUUUAUAUCCCAUCCUGUGAGCUGAUCACCUCCGGUAAGUGCCAUGUUCUGUUACACUGACAGACAGUGCCCCCUAGUGGUUACUGUGCCCUCUGGCAGUUUAGAUGAGCACAUUCCAAAUUUUUUAUAGUGUGUUGUAGCGUAGGUUAUCAGGCCAACUGUAGUAAGGUUCUAAACAAAAGAUUUAUUUUUUGAUAAUUACUUUUUGUAUAAAGAAAACUGAUUUGUUGUUUUGACUUCAGUAGUUUUAAUGGUAUUUAAUGACAUUUGAUUAUCUUCACUUUAUCUGAAAAUGUGGCACUGCUUGUUACACUAACAUCUCACUUAAGUAACAUUUUACUUUCAAAGUAUCGUUUUUCUGAUAUCAGCAGUGAGGUCACUGAUGCUGCCACAAUCAAAACACCAGAUUGGCUGAUCUGUGCCACGGCCGAGAAACGGUUCACCCAGUGGAAAUUGUCCCGCCCCAGAGAUGUUGCCACAUUGCAUUUGGCUAAUCCUGCAAAUCUGCACAGUCAAAAUUUUAAAAACAAACUAUAACUAAACAGAGAAUGUUGUCAACUUCUACUGACAUUUGUGACGAAACCUCAUGAUGGUCCAAAUGAUUUCUUCAGUGAUUUGAUAUAAAAUGCAUUUUAGUGAUGAUAUGUCUAUUAUGGUAUUUUUUUAUCAUUAACGUAUCAUUACGAUAUUUCUUACUCCCACAGUGAUCCCCACUAUGAACUCAGAUCCUUUGUCUGUGCAUGCACAGUCCUGUCCGUGCAUGCUCACACUGUAAAGCUCAGCUUUUACGCAGACAUUAUAAUGUAGAUUUAUUUUUGUAACAUGCUGCAAAAUUACAGCUCACUUUAAUGAAGAGGACGUAUUUAUCUGGGGGGAAAUUCCACAGUGAAUACACGUGAACCCCGUCAACACAUGGUCGAUUUGUGGACACUGAAAACUUAGACUACUGUAUAAAACUUAACAUUUUUGUCAAAUUGAACCGUUUUUGGGAGGGGGGGUGCGAGUAUAAAUUCACAGAGGCCCCAGAAAAGGGCCAAGAAGGUGCAGGUUUUCUUUGGAACACCCACCCCAGCAGGUGAUCUCACUGAUUAACAUCACUUUGAGCAGAAGGGACGAGUUCACCAGUGAAAUCACCUGCUGCACCCUCUCGGCCCUUUCUGGAAUCAGUUUGACACCUGUGGUUUAAUCUGUGACAGCGCCCCCUGGCUGUAGAUGGAUGGCACAAACAACGCAAAGGUACUGAAUUGCUGUUUGUUUUUUUCCCUGAUCCAUACUGUAAUUUGGAUUUAAUUUAUAAAAUGGAAAUUUCUUUAUUUCAAUGGCACUUUAAUGUUGGAUUUGAUAAAUUAAUCAGUGUUUUCCUGAAAGUUGCUUUUUUAAUGCACUGUGACGUAACAAAUGUCAAAGCGUUUUUGUAUUUUCUGACUCUGUACGGCUGUCUCAGCUGUGAGUAAAAAUGUUUUUUAUGUUUUCAUGAACAGUUUGAGCUUUCUUAAGACUUUGAUAAAGUAGGUGUGUGAGAUUUGUAGAUUAAUCAUAUUAAUUGCAGUUUUGGCAGUGUGAUCGCGUCCGUCUUCAUGAGGUCAAACCACAACCGUCGUGUCAAUAUUCACGAGUCACUGAUAUUGUUUUUCUUUGUUUAAUUAAUGAUGGAUCGUAUGACAGCUCCUGAUAUGUGAAGCUAAUGUGGCCAAAAUUUGUAAGUGCUUCUAAUAAAA